AUGGAGUUCAUCUUUCUCGGUACAGGAACUUCUGCUGGCCUGCCGUACAUCGAUUGCAUCACGGCACCACCGGAAAGGGAGGCGUGCAAGACGUGCCUCUCCACAUUGACGCCGGAAGGGAAACGGAACAUCAGGAGAAAUACCUCGGCUGUUGUGCGAAUGGAUACCAAGGAGGGUAGAAAGGCAACCAUUGUAAUUGAUGCUGGGAAGACUUUCCAGGCGUCUGCUCUCGAAUGGUUUCCCAAGUAUGGGCUAAGGGAAAUCGAUGCCAUUCUCAUCACUCACGCUCAUGCUGAUGCGUUGAAUGGACUGGAUGAUCUCCGAUCAUGGACAUUAUAUGGGCUUAUUCAGCCCUACAUCGAUAUCUACCUGUCGCAAGAGACCUUCGAUGCCGUCAAGACAUCAUUUCCGUACUUGGUAUUGAAGGAAUGCGCCAGCGGCGGAGGCGACGUCCCGGAAUUCAAGUGGCAUGUCAUAAGUGACCAGAUCCCCUUCCAGAUUAACGAUACGGGAAUAUAUGUCACACCGUUCUCUGUCCAUCAUGGUUUCUGCCCUUCGAACUCCCCGCGAGAUCACCUUCAUACGUCACCGUCUCUUCCACUACUGAACGAAGCACCCUUCCAGGUUCCCGAACGACGCAAACCAUUCCUGAGCUUCGGAUUCAAGAUAUCCAAUCAGCUUGUCUACAUUUCAGACGCAUCGCACAUUCCAGAGGAAUCUUGGAACGUGAUCUCUCCGAAGACCUCUGGUCAUGUCCCCGUGUGCGUGCUGGACUGUCUGCGGUUGGAGCCGCAUGCAUCGCAUUUCCACUUGGCACAAUCUGUCUCUGUAGCGCGAAGGAUCAGUGCCACAAGGACGUACCUGACUGGCUUCUGUCACGCAGCUACGCACGAGGAGUACGUCUCUAUGGGAGAGAUCAUUGGCGGGGCGCUGAAGGACCAAGGGGAGAUGGCUGCUCUGAACGUGAAGGGCUUCUCGGUUGAGAAGGGAGAUGUUAUCUGGAUACGACCGGCCCAUGACGGUCUGAGGGUGACAGUAGACGACGGGGUGGUAUGGGAUGAAACAUACUUGAAUCAGUCGGUCCACGAUAAGGUGGACUGGAGGGGUUGGCAUGCGUACUUGAAGAGUUUGUUAUCUUGGAAGCGCCUUGUUAAUAUGUUAUUCAUAUUUAGAUUGUAG